CGUGCAUAUAGACGAUUCGCCGUCUUCCUUGCUAUUUUUAUUUUGUACAUGGAGGUAUCAUGAAGUUUUACUUACACUAAAGAAAGAAGAUGGGGAAGAUAGAAUGGUCGAUGUGGGCAAAUGAACAGGCGUUAGCCAGUUCCGCUGUUGUUGUCCUUGGAGGGAUUGUCACACUUGCAGGGAAGUUCAAGAACUACCAGUUUGGAAUCUAUGGAAUCUGUGUUGGAGUGCUCGUUGAGUUGUUGGAGUAUCCUCGCAGCAAGCGCCAGAAGGGAAGGACCCUGGAGAGAAGGUUUCAGAAACCCUUGACGUUACUGGUGCGAUGUGGUGGUCUGGUGACUCGAAACUAUUUCAUACGUUUUGUAUUUUACUUAAUAAUAUCAGUACCAUGCUGCUUCAUCUUGCCGACGCUGCUGGGCGGCAUGUGCUUCCUUAUCACCAGUGCAAUAUACUUUGUGGCUGCUUUGAAAGGAGAAGAAUGGAAGGCAGCUGGUCUGGACACAGAGUCGCCGUCACAGCAGCCAGGCCCCCGGGUCCUUCAGCCACCUAGCCACCCCCCUCCCAGACAACCCAUCGACAACAGUAUCUGAGCCCCCUCCCAGGCGACUCCAUCGACAACAGUAUCUGACACACA